AUGCUGGGAAAAGCUGGUGGUGAACUUCGAAAGUUUAAUGAAGAUCUUUGGUAUCGUACAAUGAAUACACAGGAAACACCUGAUUUAAUUAUAACACAUUGUUGUAUCGGAAUGUCGGACGAAGCAUUAGCUCGUUUACCAUCACGUGAUAAUAUUAAACGUCGCAUUAGAAUGUUACGUCAAGAUAAAAAGCUUCCAUCAUCCCCAAAUGAUCCUAAUUUUCCAAAUGUUCCAACAGCUUUAACCGUAACAUCUUGUGGUGAUAAAUUUUUACGUUCUGAUACUGGAUCAGGACCAGAUCGAACGUUAAUAUUUGCCAGUUCUAAACAAUUAGAUAUUUUACAAUCAUGUGAUGAUUUUCUUGUUGAUGGUACAUUUAAAGUGGUUCCUGAGAUUUUUUAUCAAUUAUAUGUUGUACAUGCCAUCUAUCGUGGACAUGUUGUACCAGUUGUCUAUUCAUUACUCAGUCGUAAAAAUAGUGAUACAUAUCAACGGCUUAUAAAUGAAAUAGUAGAAUUUGCUCCAUGCUGGUUUCCUGGUUCUAUUUUACUUGAUUUCGAAAAGGCAUGUAUUAAUGUAUAUGACAGUAGUUUUGUUAAUAUAUCAUUAUCUGGUUGUUAUGUCCAUUUCCGUCAAAAUUUUCAUCGACAACUUCAGGCAUUAGGUUAUCAGAAUCGUUAUCAAGAUGUUAAAUUUGCUCAUAAUAUUAAUAAAAUAGCUGCGUUAGCUUUUAUUCCACCUUGUGAUGUAUUACAUGCAUAUUCAAGUCUUGCAUUACAUCUUGAUGAUGAUUACCAAGAUAUUUUAAAUUAUUUUGAAGAUACAUAUAUAGGACGACUUCGCCCUAACAAUAUACGACGUCAACCAACAUUUAGUAUUGAAUUUUGGAAUAUGCGUACAAGGACAACACAAUUAUCCACGCGUACAAAUAAUUCUGUAGAAGCAUGGCAUCGUCAUAUAGGAUGUAUAUUUCAAUGCGCACAUCCUACGCUUUGGUCAUUUUUACAAAAACUAAUUCAUGAAGAACAUGCAACACAUGCUGUUCAUAUUGUUCAUAUAAAUAGUGGUGAAACACCAAAACAUAAAAGUAAAACAAAUGAACGGUUUGAACGACGUCUUUUAAAUCUUUUAUUGCAUCCACAUGAUGAUAUUGUUAUGCAACUAAAUAAUAUUGCACAUAAUAUUUGCUUAUAA